ACGGUUUUGGCUGUAUCUCGGUAAGCACUGGUUCCUAUAUCUGCCAUCUGUUACUGCUGUUGUUGCUGCUCAUAUCUACUGCUUUUCUGAACUUUUCUUCUUUGAAACUCGUUAAAUUUGGACUACUUCUGUUCAUUUUCUGCUUAGUAUAUCUGGUCUAUACUAUCUGUCACUCAAUUAGUCUAGUCUGUCUACUCCCGUAUUCGAGAACUUCUCCGGAUACAAUCUGUUAACUAUUAACUACAUAAAAAUCUAUCACUAUGUUGCUUUCCAAGUCGGUUGCUGUUUCCAUCCUCGUUGCCAUGGGCGUUGAGGCUUUGGUUCUUCCCUCUUUUGAUGAUAUCGUCGACGUGUUUGGCGUCGAGAAGGCCGUUCCAAAAGUCAACGAAAAGACCCAGAACGUCUUGGGCUUGAAGGAAGCCGUCGACGGCCUCAAGGACGCUGUUGAUGGAGCCAAGAAAGCUGUGGCUCCCUUCCUUGCCGGUGCCAGAGACCUCAUUCCCCACAGAUACAUCGUUGUCUUGAAGGAGUCUGCCUCUGCCGACGAAACUGCCUUCCACAAGGAAUGGGUUGCCUUGAAGCACACCGAGUCGUUGGCUGGUCUCGACGAAAGUCACGAUUUUUUCGCUUCCACCAAGGACUUCAAGACUGAGGGCGGUAUUGUUGACUCGUUUGACAUUGGCUCCAUCGUCAAGGGUUACUCCGGUUUCUUCCUUGAGUCCACCAUCGACUUGAUUCGUCAGAACCCAUUGGUUGCUUUCGUUGAACAAGACUCCAUGGUCUAUGCCUCGGAAUUCGAAGUUGAAAAGGGUGCUCCAUGGGGUUUGGCCAGAGUCUCUCACAGAGAGCCAUUGACCUUAAGCUCGUUCAAUCAGUACUUGUACGACAACAACGCUGGUAAGGGUGUGACUUCUUACGUCAUCGACACCGGUGUUAACGUCAACCACAAGGAAUUCGGUGGAAGAGCCAAGUGGGGUGCCACCAUUCCUUCUGGUGAUGCUGAUGUUGAUGGUAAUGGUCACGGUACCCACUGUGCUGGUACCAUUGCCUCUUCCGCCUAUGGUGUGGCCAAGGGUGCUGAAGUUGUCGCUGUCAAGGUGUUGAGAUCCAACGGUUCCGGUUCCAUGUCUGAUGUAGUUAAAGGUGUUGAAUUCGCUGCCAAUGCCCAUUCUGCUGCUGCCAAGGAGGCCAAGAAGGGCUUCAAGGGUUCCACUGCCAACAUGUCGUUGGGUGGAGGCAAGUCUCCAGCUUUGGAUUUGGCUGUUAACGCUGCUGUCAAGGCCGGUAUCCAUUUCGCUGUUGCUGCUGGUAACGAAAACCAAGAUGCAUGUAACACUUCUCCUGCUGCUGCUGAGAACGCCAUCACUGUCGGGGCUUCGACUCUUGAUGACUCCAGAGCUUACUUCUCUAACUACGGUAAGUGUGUUGACAUCUUUGCUCCAGGUUUGAAUAUUGUUUCUACCUACAUUGGUUCCGACACUGCCACAGCAACCUUGUCUGGUACUUCGAUGGCUUCUCCACACAUUGCUGGUUUGUUGUCGUACUUUGUUUCGUUGCAACCAGGUGCAGACUCUGAGUUCUUUGUGGCAGCUAACGGUGUUUCUCCAUCCCAGUUGAAGAAGAACUUGAUUGCCUACGGUUCCACAGGUUUGUUGAGUGACAUCCCUGAAGAUGGAACUCCUAACAUCUUGGCUUACAAUGGUGGAGGACACAACAUAUCCGAAUUCUGGGGUAAGGAUGCUGGUGCUGAGCUCAAGUCGGCUAAGGUUGACGCCAGAAUCGCCGACAUCGAAGGCAAGAUUGGUUCCUUGUUAUCAAAGGUUGACUCCAAGCAGAUUCUUGACGAUGUCAAGGCUUUGGUAGACGUUGCCUAUGAAAAGUUGCAGGAAAACUAGAAUAGACAUAGAUGGCAGAGAUGCUGUUAUGGGUUUUAAUUCUGAUUCACCGAUUUUUUUCAUUUGCGACUGGUUUAUGUACGGAUAUGUCGCUAGAGCCUCAGAGCUCUGUAGUAUCAAUGUUAUAAUAAG